AUGGGAGCAAAUGCAGAUGUAACCUCUAUCCGCCCAGAAGGGCUGGGCCUCGUGCUACUUGCUGUCACUCUCUUCUUUGCCCCUCCGACCACUAUUAUCAUUGCUCUACGAUGCGGAAUCCGGGCAAAACACCAUGUCUUUGGGACAGAUGAUAUUCUGAUGCUGAUCGGAUGGAUGUUGUUCAUGGUUGUUGUAGGUGUUGUCUCAAAAGGGACCUACUACGGUCUCGGCGCCAAGGAUGCGAGGCUCAAUGAAUAUUUGGUCCAAAAGAGUAAAAUGCACAUAUGGUUGUUCCAAACAUUUUACUGCUGCUCGCUCGUCUUUAUCAAAUCAUCUAUCUGCGUCACCCUUCUCCGAAUCGCUGUCAAGAGAUCCCAUAGGAUCAUUGUAUGGAUAACACUCGUGGCGUCGUGUAUCUCUACGAUUAUCGUUAUUAUGGGACUGUUUACUAUGUGUCGCCCUAUUCAGGCGAAUUGGGACAAGUCUGCAGGAACAUGCUCGCCUCCGACCGUUAUCACCAGUCUUAGUUAUCUAGUCUCAGCUGCAGCCGUUGCGACAGACUGGGUUUGUGCUAUCUUACCGGGAUUUAUGCUCUACAAGACCCAGAUGAAGACGGCUACCAAGGUUUCUAUCUGCAUUAUUCUUGGAUUGGGUGUCCUCGCUUCAAUCGCCACUAUCAUACGGCUUCCGUAUAUUAAAUACUAUGCUCAUCCCCAAGAUUAUGUCUAUAACGUCGGAAACAUCACGCUAUGGUCCGUCUUCGAGUCAGGCGCGGGUAUCAUAGCCGGCUCACUCCCCUCUUUACGACGACUUCUCAAGAACUGGGUUCAUUUCGACUCUUCGCAUGACCAGUCCCUCGGGCAAACUGGACCCUUCACAGGACAGGCAACAUCUAUAGUCACAGGCAAAGCAACAGCCUCCUCCACCGGGCGACGAAAUAAGAGUCUGUUGACCAGUUCCAAGGCAGAAGGACCGUGGGAGCAGUUGGAUGAUGCAUCUUCAAGUCGAAAGAUUUAUGUGACCGUUGAUAUGGAGAUGCAAUCUCUAGAACGGCCACCGACUUCAUCAAAGUCCAGAGAGUCAUUUGGGGAGAUGUGA